UCGGCACGCGACCGGCGGCCCAGGAGGUCUGAUCGCAAACGCCCCUGUAGCUAUUUUAUGGAAGGCAACUGCAAGCGGAACGAUUGUAAAUUCUCGCACGACCUGUCCGCAAUCACGUGCGUGUUUUGGGAGGAGAGCGGCUGCUUCAAGGGCGUCACCUGUCCCUUCCUUCACGGAUAUCCGGCGGACGAUGAAGAUGAUGAAGACUCGAGUGACUCGGCCAGAAGAGCAGUCCCCAAAAAGUCAUUUAAACUGGAAAAGGAAGACUUUCCCUCUCUGCACAACAUGAAAAAAUGGCACAGGAAUGACGAGGAGGACAGCCGAAGGCCGGGCCGGCGCGGCUGCCGACGACACAAGUCGUUCUCGGACGCCACGCUGAGCGUCGGCGGCGGCGACCAGGAGCUGCACCGGGCCGCGCUCGGCGGCCGCGGCAAGCGUCGCCGCCACCACUCCAAGAGCGAGGGCGUGCGACCGGCGGACGCGGGCGCGCGCCGGCCCUGACCGGGACCGGUGCGCCAGGAGCCGCCGCCGGCAGCGCCCGCCGGCCGGCUCAGCCCGGCGACGCGGCGCAGCUGGCGGCCGACUCGACUAGCGUGAAUACGCCGAGGGAAGGGAAGCGAGUGAGGUGGGAAGGGAGUUAGACGCGGAGCGAGCUGUGGGAGGGGAGAGAUACGUGAAACAAGGUGCGGAAGGGAAAGGAGCGAGGUGCGGGAGGGGAGGGAGCGAGGUGUGGAACGGCGAGCGCGAGAGACGCGGAGCGAGGUGUGGGAGGGCGGGUGAGAGACGCGUGGGCCGGCGAGGGGAGCUGGUGGGGCGGUGAGAGGCCGCGCGCCCGGGCCGGUCGGCGGCGGCCCGGUCCCCGGCCGUCCCUGUCUGUGGCCCGGCCGGCGAGCGAGCCGCCCGUCCGACCGACCGCCGCACCUGGCCCCGCCCCCGCCCCCUACGCGGCGCCCGGCCCGCUCCCAUGUAAUAGCAUGUGCAAGCGCUUCGCUGACAAAACUAUUAACUCACUGUUUCGUAGUGGCCGUGCGUUUGGAAUGGUGUCGCCCCAGCCUUGUUCAGAGCGCGGAGUGUUUUAAUCCAGACUGCCUGCUCACGUCGGCGCGGCAAGUCCGUCUCUAAAAGAGCUUAACCAGUGGCCGUCCCGUCUCGAAGCGGCCAGCAAGUAAACGAAUCUUUACCCGCAGUACCUUCUGAAACUUAGUGUAGUCCCCCUAAAAAAAAUCAGCAGAUGUUAGAGUAGACGAUUUUGACGGUCAGGCCCGGGCAGACCAAAGGACGCCAGCUGUGAGUGGCAGACCGCCGGACUCCAUGUGGGACGCUGAGAGAGAGGGAGAGACAGUCAGUCACGCCGCGUAGGACAAAUGAACGAUAUUAGAGUAGCAGCAUCUUUUGUCAGCCUCACGUAUUGUUUUGUUCCUGUUCUUCGUCUUACCAAACACGUUGUGUCAGUGUUCUAGUUUCCUUCACCAAAGUCGGAGUCGCCGCGGCGGCGCACCGCCGACGGAGACACACAAAUGGAAACCAAGCCCGACGCAAAUAAACGGCAAACCCCA